CCCCAACAUCAAGUUGAGCUGGAUUAGAGUUAUAUAAACCCGUGCUCUCAUUCUAUUCAUUCCUUCGGAAACACCCCGAAUAUCGACUACUACACUGACAAGGCAGUGCCCACAGUGGUGUUAACAUGGCAAUUAAAGAUGAUGUUGAAAACCAGGAGAUCGGCAGUCAUGCUGGCGGAGUUCAAGAACCGCUCAUUCUGGCCAAGAAGAACCAGACAUACGAUGAUACUCGGAAAGGGAAUCCCCGCAUGGCCUACUUCAGCACGUUCGUUGCAGUUUGUGGCUCCUUCGCGUUUGGGACCUGCGCAGGGUACUCUUCGCCGACUCAGUCUGCAAUCAGGAGUGAUCUCAGUCUUACCUUAGCCGAGUAUUCAGUGUUUGGGUCCAUAUUAACUUUUGGUGCGAUGAUUGGCGCAAUAACUGGUGGACCAAUCGCAGAUUUUAUCGGCCGGAAAGGGGCAAUGAGAACAGCAAGUGGAUUCUGUGUCGCGGGAUGGCUUGCUAUCUACUUUGCCGAGGGGCCAUGGCCGUUGGAUAUCGGAAGGUUAGCAAGUGGAUAUGGGAUGGGGGCCUUCUCCUACGUGGUGCCGAUCUUCAUAGCCGAAAUUGCACCAAAGGAACUCCGAGGAGUGAUGACUGCUGUUAAUCAGUUGAUGAUUUGUACAGGAGUGUCCGUAUGGUUUAUAAUCGGGAAUGUGCUAUCCUGGCGGGCUUUAGCAUUAAUGGGACUGAUCCCGUGUGCAGUUCUCCUCUCUGGUCUCUUUCUCAUCCCCGAGUCUCCGAGAUGGCUAGCAAAGAGGGGAAGGACAAAGGAUUUCGAAGCUGCUCUGCAGAAACUUCGGGGGGAAGAUGCUGACAUAUCUGAAGAAGCAGCUGAGAUUGAAGAUUAUAUCGAAACUCUUGAACGGCUCCCGAAAGCCAAAGUGCUCGACCUGUUCCAAAGGAGAUAUUUACGCGCUGUCAUUAUUGGAGUUGGAUUAAUGGUCUUCCAACAGUUUGGAGGAAUCAACGGCAUCGUCUUCUAUGUGGCCACUAUCUUCGAGGAAGCAGGAUUUUCCUCGAGCAUUGGAACCAUAACUUAUGCUAUCCUACAGGUUGUUGUCACAGCAAUAGCUGCUGCCUUGGUCGAUAGAGCGGGAAGAAAGCCCCUCAUACUGGUCUCUGCAGUGGGAUUGGUCAUGGGUUGUCUGCUAACUGCAGUUUCGUUCUAUUUAAAGGUCCAUGAUUUGGCAGCGCAGGCUGUUCCGAUCCUCGCGGUUUCAGGCAUUCUGCUGUAUAUCGGAUCAUUCUCCAUAGGAAUGGGCGCUGUUCCAUGGGUUGUAAUGUCCGAGAUAUUUCCGAUCAACGUCAAGGGAGUUGCUGGAGGAUUCGCGACGCUAGUAAACUGGUUCGGGGCAUGGGCAGUGUCCUACACUUUUAACUAUCUGAUGAGCUGGAGCUCCUACGGUACCUUCAUUCUGUAUGCUGCAAUCAACGCGGCAGCAAUAUUCUUUGUCAUCGGAGUGGUGCCAGAAACUAAGGGAAAGACUCUUGAACAAAUUCAAGCUGCAAUAAACUCAUAGAAAUACAGAAAGCCGAGCAUCAUCAUCAUUCUUUACGAUGGAAUCACAUAUCAUUACAGGAUUUAUUUUGGCAACUGAUCAAUUUUCACAUGCUCAGGGAGAUGGAAGAUGAUUUUGUUUAGUUACAUGGGAUCUUCUCUUGGGAAUGAUCAAUCAUUUUGAUGUUGUUUCUAGAUUUUUAUUUGUUGGGGGCAUUUCUAGGCUUCUAGCAUGUCCUAGUUCACGCGGGAAUCAUAGUUACAUGCUCUGACGUUUAUGGAUGGAAAAUAAUGGGUAGAAAGACAAAAAUUCGAUCAAGUAUAUGACUAUUGCUUCUGUUAAAUCUU